CGCUGCGGGUCGGGAGCGCGCGUCUCCGCCGCACCUGGGAUCCAGGAACCACUCGCCUGGCCCUGGGCGGUGGGAGGCAGCGGCGGCGGCGCUCGCGCACCUCGGAGGAGCCAGGAGCCGGAACCAGGGCCAAGCCCGCGGGCCGGGGCGAGCCAGCCGGUUGGAGAUGUCUGCCCAGAGAUUAAUUUCUAACAGAACCUCCCAGCAAUCGGCAUCUAAUUCUGAUUACACCUGGGAAUAUGAAUAUUAUGAGAUUGGACCAGUUUCCUUUGAAGGACUGAAGGCUCAUAAAUAUUCCAUUGUGAUUGGAUUUUGGGUUGGUCUUGCAGUCUUCGUGAUUUUUAUGUUUUUUGUGCUGACCUUGCUGACCAAGACAGGAGCUCCACACCAAGACAAUGCAGAGUCCUCAGAGAAGAGAUUCAGAAUGAACAGCUUUGUGUCAGACUUUGGAAGACCUCUGGAGCCAGAUAAGGUAUUUUCUCGCCAAGGCAACGAGGAGUCCAGGUCUCUCUUUCACUGCUACAUCAAUGAGGUGGAACGCUUGGACAGAGCCAAAGCUUGUCACCAGACCACAGCCCUUGACAGUGAUGUCCAACUCCAGGAAGCCAUCAGAAGCAGUGGGCAGCCAGAGGAGGAGCUGAACAGGCUCAUGAAGUUUGACAUCCCCAACUUUGUGAACACAGACCAGAACUCCUUUGGGGAGGAUGAUCUUCUGAUUUCUGAACCACCUAUUGUUCUGGAAACUAAGCCACUUCCCCAGAUCUCACAUAAAGACCUGGAUUGAGAAACAUGCUCUGUAAAGGGUCUUCCUGAAGAUGUGGAUUCUAUCUUUAUGUAGCAAGAAAUCUACAUCCACCAAAAUUGUGUGUGUUUAGGGGAGAGAGAGACACAGAGAUAGAGACAGAGAGACAGAGAAGAGACCCCUUUAGAAGAGAGCUGAGCUGAUUAAGCUGAGUGGUUUUUUGUUUUGUUUUGUUUUUGCUUUUUAAUACAUUUGGAGCUUUGGGGGUAUUAAAGUAUUUACACCAAACUUGUCCAACCCGCGGAAUGUGUCCCAGGACAGCUUUGAAUGUGGCCCAAUACAAAUUUUAAACUUUCUUAAAACAUGAGAUUUUUUUUUUUUUUUUGCUAUUUUUUUUUUAAAGCUUAUCAGCUAUCGUUAGUGUUAGUGUAUUUUAUGUGUGGCCCAAGACAACUCUUCUUCCAAUGUGGCACAGGGAAGCCAAAAGAUUGGACACCUCUGAUUUAUACUAGCUCGUCUUGCUUGUUGAAAAAUUUGGCCAAAUACUUAUUGUCAGCAUUCUUGGGUGAGGAUUAGCCUACCAUGUUCUAAUCUGGCCCUGCCGCUACUGUGCUCUACCUUUAGCGAGUUGCUUUACCUCUCUGGGCUGCCCCAUUUUUAACUGUAGGUUGACAGGUCUGGAGUGAUCCAUCCCACCUCUAAUAUUUUGUGAAUUUAUGACUUUGCCUUCAGAUGAGGCUGAGCUAUACAUAAAACAGUAUAAACUAGGGUACUGCCUCGUAUCUCUUGUAGGCUCUCCCAAAUCUCUGUACCUUCCACUCAACCCUAAUUGAGCCAAGCUUUAGUCAGGGGAUCUGGGUGUCUACCAGAAUGUCAGGAGACUCAUCUUACACAGUCACGGUGGCCAGUGUUGCUGGUGGGUUGUGCUGAAACAGCUCUUCUGAGAACUUCCAACCACCCAUGCUCUAACCUGGGGACAGCCAUCCCCUGCCUCAGAAUAAGUACCAAUUCGUAGUACAUGCAUGGUACUCUUGUCCCCAGGAAAUGUUAGAAAGCUUGUAAGCUGGGUGAGAGGAGGUGCCUUCUGGGUAUCUCUGUGUUGGUGUAUCUGUGCCAUUGGCUACAGAACAAGAAAAAUACUAUUUGCCGUGCUGUUACCUUGGCAGAUGUGUAGGUGAUAGUCAUCUGGCUUUGAGCUGAGAUGGUCAGUGGGUUGUAAAUUCCCUACUAGCAGAUAUUCAGGGUGGCCUGAGUUAUGUAAAUAAGUGAGCAACACAGCUUUAAUUUCAUGGAGGAAUCAAAGCUGCACACUGGUAUUAAAACAACUUGAUUUUGUGCACACAGUUGCAUGCAUGGCAAGCUGUUAACCUCUGGGUGGCAUUUUCAUUAUGAAUUUGUUCACCACCUGUCUUGCUUAAGCUACAAAAUAAAUGCAUUUGACUGCA